AUGACGGAGUCGCUCUCGAAAUUGGCCCUCAAGGGCUCCUCGAAAAUCGUGGCGGACUACUUUGAAUUUGCCAUCCACAGCAUAUUGUUCCAGCGGGGCAUUUAUCCGUCGGAGGACUUCAUCACCGUGCGCAAGUAUGACUUGCCCAUGCUCUUCAGUGCUGAUGACGAAGUCAAAGCGUAUAUCCGCAAAAUCAUGGACCAGGUCAAGAAGUGGAUCUACGGGGGCAGGCUUUCCAAGCUCGUUGUUGUGAUCAUCAACAAGGCCACCACUGAGAGUUUCGAGAGAUGGGAGUUUUCUUUAGAUACAAGCGACGAUGUAGAUACACAGGUCUCCAAAAGCAGGGCAGACAUCCAAAGGGAAAUCCAGGCCAUCAUUCGCCAGAUCACGGCCUCCGUGUCGUAUCUUCCUUUUCUAAAGGACGACGAGUAUACUUUCAAUGUGCUUGUGUACACAGACCCAUCGUACGAAACAAAAAACAUCCCUUGCGAAUGGGCCGACACCAACGGAGACGGCAAGAUGAUCGAGGGAGACGCGGAUGCCGUGCAGUUCUCUACAUUCCAAACGACAAUGCACAACGUGGGUACUUCUGUCAGCUACAAGUUGGGAUAA